GAUUAUUUACCCAUGUCUCGGCAUUCUUUGACUAACAUUUGCUAGUUCCUCGCUCUGCAGUUUAGUACAUGACUAACAUGCCAUGCUAUGCUCCUUAAGUGACAACUCAGCAUCUGCUGCUUUAUUUGAUGCCAAAUCUGUCACUGGAAGGCAAGUGGAGCUUUCCACUCCCUGAAAUGCAGGAUGGUCUGACAGUGAAACCAAACUGUCACCAACUCUUUGGAGGAGGCGUGAAUUAGUGGUGGUGUGAUUAAUUUGUGAUAUUUUAUAUGGAACCUACAGUAUGUUUUACAUUUCUUUUCAAACAUGGCAUCUAUGUUAUGAGAAAUUCACUGAAAAUCACCUAUUCUAUCAGCUGUUUCUGUUGAAUGUUUGCUUAUUGUAGGAGAGAUGUGGCCAUCUGCAUAAUGGGCGUGUCAUAGUUUCAAUCUAAUAUGUGACCAGGCUUGUUUAUAUAGCUGCACAGUGUGCGUAGGCUAACGUAAGUUACUGAAGCAAUGCAAUGUGUAUGCAAGAGAGUGAAAAUGACCCAUAUCUGAGGAUCUGAUCUAAAUCGGGUAUUCCCAGGUAUUGUUGCUAAGGGCUGUUGGCCCCUUAAAUGGCCACUAGAUGGCGUGUUAUAUCACCUGAAAACCAUUUAUCAUUCAGUAACAGGUAGAUACAUAUAAAUCCUACUUAUUUUACAUCACAACACUAUUGCACUGCUUCCAGUUUUGCACUGUGUGAGAUGAGUAAAGCAACAUUUCAAGUUUUACUUAGAGGUAUUUCAUUUUGAUCACUGUUUUCAGUUGUUUUGACAAUUCAACAAAUUUGAACUACCAUGAAUUUAUUUGAAAUGAUUAAGUGUUUUCAAAUAAAUUAUUUUCUUAAAACAAAUUCUUAUAAAAUAUUCAGGAAACUUUAACAACUCCCUUCAUCUAGAUUUGUAAUUUCUGGCCGUCAACACUUAACGUACUGCGAUGUAUGUUAUGCCCUCUAAAUGUUUGGCAGCCAAAUGUGCUCAGAACAUAGACUUCCUGGAGUCAGAGCACAAUAAAAAUCCCAAAGUUUAAGUUUGGUAUUUAAAGUCCUAAUCAUAAUAAAUGUUUAAAGCAAAUAGGUGUUUAGAUUAGUGUGACAUCUGCUGCCCUGGAAAAUCCUUUUAGUCCUCUGCUAAUGUGAACCCAUAAAAAGAGGGUUUCCUACCCAAUAUCUCCAAACCACACAAUAUAAUAAAUGUUGCAGGAGGGUUUAAUAAUCUGGGAAACUUGUAAACACGGUUUUCCAAGUCAUGGAACAUGAAUACCAAAAUUAACAUGUUCAUACCAAUACCAAUAAUCUUAUCCAAAGUUACCACCUCCUACGGCAACUGCAGGAACAAACAACACUCCACUGAGCUGAAUGAAAUUAUUAUUGAGUUGCACAUCCAUUAUUCUAAUACAUACAGAUAAACAUGAACUAAUUUAGGGUCCUGGCUGUUGCAACAUACACAAACUGACACAGAAACACAUUUAUGCAGGGAGACCUGGGCUCCACUCUAUGCUUUGUUAUCCAAAAUCACACCAACAAAAUGAGCUGUAGUACACAAAGUUGGAUACAUGCUGCACUAAACACACUUCUGCACUUGUAAAAGUCGAUUAUUUACUUUCAAAAGAAAACCACGAAGUCCUUUAUUGCUGCUAACCCUGUAAGCAGUUAGCAGUAGAUGUAAUGAAACAAUCCUGACAUGAUGAAAGAAUUAUAUUGUAGCCUUAGGAUUUCACUCACAAAGUGUACUUGCAGGUAAGGCCUCUUUUAGUAAACAUGUGACUUCAGUUACAGCUGCCAAGGAAAGGCAUGUCUGCCAGUAAAGGGCUGUGUCGGCAGUUAAAUUCAUGGCAGAACCUCCCUCAGGCACCUGACAGAGGCACAAACAACUUUUGACUGAACAUUCUUCAGGUUGCAGAGUUUACUCACAGCUCUUUACACUGCAACAGUGGCAUGUUCCCAUUUCACAUGAACUGUAAACAGACCAUAUUAGUAUAUCUGUGUGUGUGUGUGUGUGUGUGAAAGGCCACAAGACACUGUUGCAGAAUGACAAUGUGCAUUUCAAGUCUGACAUUAAUAGCUAAAUGAAAUAAUCAAUUUGACAAAAAUAAAUGGUCUAACUACAGUUUCCAAGGUCAGACAUGAACUUUUAGGCUCAAACAAAGGUUGCACAGCAUAUAUGCUUAUAUCGUUCACAAUUAAAUGCAUUUCUGACCAGUGAAACAGCAUUUCAUGUGUCCGUUAAGCACAAAUUAUCCCAUUAAUGAGUAUGUUUGUCUUUGGACAACAUAUCUUUGCAAGGAAGAGUUUGUUGGCUUUCCUGGUUGAUUAAAAGCUAAAUAAGAAGGAAUUAUUAAUUGAUUAGGUUAUUUGGUCAAAAACAUCUGUGACAGAAAGAUAUUUUACUGUGGCCGAUGUUUAUGCUUAUAUCCAUUUUUCGUUGUCCACCAGGGGUCAAUAUUUCACAAGCUAUUGCCAUAUCAGGGUUUAUCUGUUUAUCCUACAAUAAUUUCUGUCCUCAAAGGAGCGGAAGGCCUACAAUGUAAACAUAAAUAUGUAUGGCACCAAGCUAUUUCCUGCCUGAAGAUACAUUUGUAACAUGUAGGUGUUUGGGGGUUUGUCACCAUGUAAAUCCAGCUGCCCACGCUUUCAUUCAAUUUACCAUUUUUGUACCAGACUCCAGUUAAACGCUCCCAAUAUUUGGUGGCUUGUACAUACAGAAAUAAUAUAUUCCCCACAAACAACGUGUGUAUAUUUAUUCACCAUGACAUGCCAGCUGAAGCAAUACCGAGUCAGAACAAUGCUAUUGUGUAAUGUAAACACAUGUUAUGCAGUGCUGCGUUGUGUGUGUGUGUGUGUGUGUGUACAGGCAGUAAUAAUAAAAGCCAGGUUUAGACUCGCUGAUGAUGUCACGGCCGGGAUGCCUGGCCCACGUGCGGGCAGCAGUUGGUUCCAGCCUCGGGGAGGGUCGACAACAACCGGACUGCGUAGCACAGGCGCAGUGAAAUGCGGAGCUAGAAAACUAAUCCAACCCGUUUUGGAUUACUGUUUUCGUGUGGAUCUCUACUGGUGAUAGCGUGAGACGCUUCCUCGCUUAAAUUCGGCGCUGUUUGGCGUCACCUUGAGUCUCCCCCCACCCCCUUGAAGAUGAUUUGCGAGGAAGAUGCGCCGGUCUGAAAUUUCCGUUGACCUUCGCCUCCGCUCAGCAGCACCGAAGCAUUGUGAAGCGCUACAACCUCCAAUUCUCGCUAGAAAUACAUGUGCUUUGACUGCCUUCUAGACGACAAUCUUUGAUUUUCUUUUUAAUCAAUCAAGACCGAGGCAGAUGCCCCUCGCUCUGUCAUCCCGGCUUGUACUAUGGUGGAGUUUCCAUCUCUCAGUCCUUACUGGCCUCUCAUCCGCUUUCUGGUGCCUUUGGCUAUCACCAAUGUUGCCAUCGACCUCGGGGAACAGGCCCUCAACAGGGGCAUAGCCACAGUCAAAGAGGAUGCGAUUGAAAUGCUGGCCAGCUACGGUCUGGCCUACUCUCUGAUGAAGUUCUUCACUGGACCCAUGAGCGACUUCAAGAAUGUGGGCUUGGUGUUUGUCAACAGCAGGAGGGACCGGAGGAAGGCUGUGUUCUGCAUGGUGACGGCCGGGGCCAUCGCGUUCGUCCUUCAUAUCUUGAUAGCGUACACAGAUUUAGGAUACUACAUCAUUAAUAAGCUCCACCAUGUGGAUGAAUCUGUGGGGCACAAGACAAGAAAGGCUUUCUUAUACCUGGCAGCAUUUCCUUUGUUGGAUGCAAUGGCAUGGAUUCAUGCAGGGAUACUUCUCAAGCACAAGUACAGCGUCAUAGUAGGCUCAGCCUCAAUCUCUGAUGUUGUGGCCCAGAUUGUGUUCGUGGCCAUUCUUCUCCACAGUAACCUAGAAUGCGUGGAGCCUUUACUCAUCCCGAUCCUUUCCCUGUAUAUGGGUGCCUUGGUCCGUUUCAGCAUCGUCGGUCUGGGUUACUACUGUAACAUUCACGACAACAUCCCAGACUCCAGUGGAAUUGAUGUAGGGGGCGAUGCCACUAUCAAAAAGAUGCUGAGUUUCUGGUGGCCCCUGGCCCUCAUCCUGGCCACUCAGCGCAUCAGCCGACCCAUCGUCAACCUCUUUGUGUCUCGUGACCUCAAGGGGACCUCUGAUGCUACAGAGGCUGUGGCUGUCCUCACAGCCACAUACCCUGUGGGUCAUAUGCCCUACGGUUGGUUAACUGAACUGAGAGCAGUGUACCCUGCCUUUGACAAGAACAAUCCCAGCAACAAGAUGAACGCUGGCACCCCUGUCACCAAAACGCAUAUUAAAAAGUUUACAUUCUGCUGUCUGGCUCUAUCACUCACGCUUUGCUUUGUGGUGUUUUGGAGUCCUCAUGUAUCAGAGAAGAUCCUGGUUGAUGUCAUUGGAGUGGAGUAUGCUUUCGCUCAGCUGUGUGUGGUCCCGCUCAGAAUUUUCUCCUUUUUUCCCCUGCCAGUGACUGUUCGGGCUCAUUUAACUGGAUGGCUCAUGACCCUGAAAAAGACCUUUGUGCUGGCCCCCAGCUCGGUUCUCCGCAUCAUUGUCCUCAUCACCAGUCUAGUUGUGCUGCCUUAUAUGGGGGUUCACGGGGCCACGCUCGGGGUUGGAUCCCUCCUGGCCGGUUUCAUAGGGGAGUCGACAAUGGUUGCCAUAGCAGCCUGCUAUGUUUAUCGUCAACAGAAAAACAAUGAGAUGUCCAAUGAGCUGGUGGUGGAGGGCGAGGACUCUGCCCCAAUGAGCGAGGUGUGCUCCAGGACUCAGAUGGACGCCAUUGAAGAGCUCCAGGAGGAGGAGGAAGAACAGGAGUGAACUAUGACAGCAGGGGGAAGGUAAAGCCGACCUCCAUGUGGAACUUUGCUGAAGAGGAGACCGCCGAGUGUUACAGUGCUGGAGAGGAAAGAGGACCUGAGUAUGGUUUGGUUUCAGAGGUUCUCCCGACAGACUAAACUUUGACUAAGAGUGACGAGGUCUCCAUCAUGUCGACCUACACACCAUUAAAACGCACACUGUAAAGAAAGCCAUGCAGCUCCAAAUGUUCAUUCAUCAGUGUAAAUACCUUUGUCUUCCGACCUUUUCAACAGUUCUUAUAGUUUUGCAUCAGCGGGUGUAUUAACCACUUUCAUGUGUUCACUGGUAAACAAGGGAAAACACAGGAGAACUUUUCCUCCUUCGCAGCAUGAAUGAAACAUCUGUCGAGUGGUAGUGGAGUUGCCAAAAUACAUUUGUUCAUUAUUUUAUGUUACUUUAUCAAGAUUAAGCAGCAAGGCCUUGCUUGAAUUCAAAUAUAGACAUAUUGUGGGACUUGUUGGGUUGUGGGACUUGUUGGGUUGUGCAAUCGUAUUUUACAUACAAUGGUGUACAGAUUAUUGUUGUUUUAUAUAGAUAAUGGAAUGUGUAUAUUUAAUUGCCCAGAGGGGUCAGGAAUCCCUCAUUAUAUCAUGCGUGUGUUUAAAAAAUAUGGUUAUGAUUGUUCACUUUCCAUGCAGUCUGGGAGUCCAUCUACUUUUGUUUUGCGUUUUCUUGGUAGUAUUCAGACUGUCGUAUGUACUGUAUAUACUGUAUAGGCAUUCUUAUUUGGCAAAUAAAUUGCUUUAUUAUUAA